GUGACAUCUCACCAACCUCCUGCCACAGGUUCCUCUUCCAGCACGGGAUUUUUCGGGUUUUUCCGCUUAGUUUAUGAACAAAACACCCUGUCUGGCAAACAGGGGAGCCAAACCCACGGAACGCCUCUUAUUUUUUAUUGCUGUUUUCACGCAUCAGGUCGCCGUGUGCCCGUAGCUGCCGAGGGGAGUGGGAAGGGCUGGUUGGAAAGCAGGGAAAGGAGAGCAGCGUUUCCCCGCGGAGCCCCGUUCCCCGGGGGGAAGGAAGGUUUCCCGGCUGGAGCGGGAGGAGGAGAGACGGGGGCGGCUCCUCCGCCUUCCUCGGUUUUAACAGUGAGAAGAUGCUGAUGGACAGGAAUGAAACCUGGCUCUCUAAUUUCUCCUCUGCUGCCUCCUCCUUUACAAGGGACGGGGUUGGGCUCCAGGAGGUUCUGGUUGGGCUCGUCCUCACCCUCAUCGACCUGGUCACACUGCUGGGAAACACCGUGGUGUUCCUCUGCCCCGUGGUGGAGAAGAGGCUGCGCACCGUCACCUACAUGUUCAUCAUGUCCCUGGCCACGGCAGACUUCCUCGUGGCCUGUCUGGUGAUGCCCUUCAGCAUCAUUUACGAGGUGACGGGGAUGUGGCUUUUUGGGAAGCUGUUCUGCAAAGUUUGGAUCUCUUUCGAUGUCAUGUUCUGCACCGCAUCCAUUGUCACGCUGUGCUUCAUCAGCCUGGACAGGUACUGCUCCGUGGUCACCCCCUACCACUACUCCAGAAGGAUGUCCCGGGGCAGAUGCAUUGUGAUGACCUGCACGGUCUGGGUAUAUUCCUCCCUCAUUUCCUUCCUUCCUGUCAUGCAAGGCUGGAAUGAGAUCCCCGGGGUGGACUUCGAUGCGGGCAGGGAAUGCAUCUUCGUCACCAACUGGGUUUUUGCCAUCGUGGCUUCCGCCCUGGCCUUCUUCCUUCCCUUCAUGGUCAUGUGCAGCAUGUACUUCUUCAUCUACCGCGCCUCCCGCCUCAAGGCCACCCGCAUCAUGUCCCAGACGCUGGAGAUCCACUACCACCCCAACAGCAAGCGGCAGAACCACCUGCAGCUGGAGAACAAGGCCACGAGGACCAUCAGCAUCAUCAUCUCCGUGUUCGUGCUGUGCUGGCUGCCCUACUUCGUGCUGAACGUCUGGCUGGCGGCCCGAGGCACCGACUCCACCAGCACCGUGCUGCUCGGCACCUUCAAGAUCAUCACCUGGCUGGGGUACUGCAACUCCACCAUCAACCCCCUGCUCUACGCCUUCCUCAACAGGGACUUCCAGCACGCCCUCAAGAAGCUGCUCCUGUGCAGGCGCAGGUCUCAGGUGGAUGUUGGGGAAGACAUGGUUUCCAUAGCCACGUUUUCCAAGACUGCUCCAGAGCUGGAAUACAGCGUGACGGUGCCCAACGGCGCUCCGAAGGGCAAACCCAAGUCAUAGGGAUUCAAGAUCAGUUGCUGGAGGUGGUGAUACAGAAAGUGCUGGAGCACAUCCCAAUGGAAAAACAAAGGGUAGGAAAAUAGGGGAAGCAGGGGCUGGAAUAUUACAGCUGGGGACAAUACCACAAAGAUGCAUUUCUUCACCUUCCACAGUUUCAACAAGGAACUCAGAUAUUUUAGGGGCAAUCUGCUAUAUAUUAAUGGAACUAAUUAAUUCCUGGAUAAUUAUUUUUCUAAUGAGCAUUUUCUAAGAAAUUCAACCUUCAUGUUAGGUAAAAAAAACCAAACCAGUAUGGUACAACGUGACCUUACAUUUGUGCACAUCCUGGUGAUCUGUGUCAGGUGGGACAGUGUUUCUUACCAACCCACUGCAGCUUCUCAUCUCAAAGUUUCAUGACAAAUUAGACCAGUUUUAAUAAUUCCACGUGUACCAGUCUGUGUAUGGGAAUUGGAGGAGGGAUGUGCUCACUUCCUGAAGUGGCACCACUCUGCAGCCUGGGCUGCUGCUUAGGGUUCAGCUCAGUGGCUUCUGCAACAUCUGGAUAUCUGGAUAUUCAGAACUUUCUGUGGCCUUCUGUGAAGCAUCUGUGGGUUUCCUUGUUAAUUCUGGAAGGGGACAUGGCCUGUGGCGGAGCCCACGAGAUGACAAAGACUUGCUGUAACAGUAGGAGCACUGCAGUUUCAAAGCUACAGGUGGCUGACACCAUCUGAAGAUAUGAACAGGAAUUAUUACUUGUGUGUACACUAUGAUAUCUACCACAGAGACAAAAAAAAAAAAAAAGGGAAAAUAUUAUUUUUACUACUCCCAAGUGCUUGUCUGGACUUCCAACAGCACUGGCUCCCUGCUGGAAAGCCACAAGUGCCUCACUGGAGGGUUACUCUGAAAAGGUAGCAGGGGACUGUCCUCAGAGGUGGCAAAAUGCAGGAGGACCUGCCUGGAGCAUCUGAGCUACUGAAGAUGCCAGCACAAGGGUGAGAAGUUCUCUCUCAAGAGCCUGGUGAAAAAACAGCCCUGACCUGGGGUUCAAGAGUGGUUCUUGUGUGAAAUGAUGAGGAGAGGGUGAGGUGCUCCAGACCUUACAACUCCAGCAACAACGUGGAAGUGAUCUCUCACUCACCCAGCAAGCUGACAUUUACAAGCUUCAAAAAAACCCAAGAAACCCCCCAAAAAAAGGAUAAUGGAGCACAAUAUUGGCAAGCACAGCAGCUGGACCCAUCCGCUUAGGAGAGCAAAGCAGAGAAACUGGAGGGGCAAAGUCUGUAUUCACUGCUGCAAGAUAUCUGACAAUCCAGGAUGGCUCUGUCCCAGGUCACUGGUUGUCACAGAGGAGAGACCUUUCUGGCUGUAGCCCCUGUUCUCCAUGAACUUGCUCCUGAGCAAGAUGAAUCUUGCACUUUAACAGCAAGGAAGAGCUGUGAUGCACAAUCAAACAUCCCAAAUUCACAUCUGGUGAAUGUCAUCAGUUACGGGAAGAUUGUGCUUGAAGCUGAGCGAGACUCACAGCUAAGACUCACUACAGGAAAAGGAACAGCCAUUUUUCACUGAGUGCUCUGGGUGAAAAAGCACUAAAGAUGUAAAAGAAGGAAGAAAUAAUCAAAAUGCACAGCAUGGUUCCAAUUCUUGAAUGAAAAUCAAGCUGGUAGGAUUUUAAGUCACAAGCUAUAUUUGUUGCUUGAGUUCUUGGAUAUCAUAGUUCAAUAGUUUCUCUUACUUUGCUUGACAACAGAGGAGCUUUGUAAAGAAAUUAAAGCCUCAAUUCAACCACACACAGUAGGAAGACUGCAGUUUAUUUUCAGUGAUUCAGGGGAUCUGUACAAGGCUGAUAAAGAAGUUGUGCUCCUAGCUGCAAGGCUUUUCUCCAAAGAAAACAGAACAGGAACCUCUUGCCAGUGUUUCACCAAGCAAAUAGCUGUUUUAAACAAAUGCUCAAACUGAAGAUAACCCAACACCACGCAUACCUUGACCCUCUCCAUCUGUGUGCUGAAGGGGUAGAGCAGCUCAAAGAGAAUCAGUCCCAGAGAAAAGAUAUCCACCUUGUGCGAAUAGGUGUUGCCACAGAUCUGAGAAGGCAAAGUCAGGGUCAGGGCAAUCAAGCUACUGCAUACAAUUAUCUGCAAAGUAAAUAUCACCCUUGCAAGUUCACCUGUGGAAGUCACCAGCCCUGUGCAGAGCUGAAAGCUGCAGCACAGGAACAUAGAUGAACUCAGCAAUGAGCACCAGGGAGCAGGGUCCUGAUCCUCAGCUCCUCUGUGCUGCAAAGCAAAAUGUUUCAUCCUAGUUAACCUCAUGCACAGAGUGUGUCCUUGUUCAAUUAAGUGGAAUCUUUUACAGUUACCUUCCUAUACUGCAUUAAAAGCAAGAAAAAUGAAUGCAUCCCA